AUGGUAAUAGUGGUCCCGGCAAUAUCCGACAAUCCCGGGUUUGAUGAUGAACAGACCCUGAAACGUGAAGUGUAUCAUCUUCAGCAAAGUAUACCACAGAUUGAAGCAGAUAUCGACAGAUACCUUAUUGCACAAAAAGAAUUGCACGAUGCUCGAGAAUCCAUAGCGAAAGCCAUGAUGUUGUUACCGGGUGCUUCCGCAUUUGUCAAUAGACAGACUAUGGUCAGUUACGGCAUGAACAGCAGUAGCAGCAGCGAAACUUUGGAUGGACUUUACCCCUCCAAAAUGGCCCUAGACCCCUCAGUUGCCGCCACCCAAGAUGCAACAAAACUUGCCCAAGACGCCAAUGAACAUUUAAUCCAUGCAUCUGACUCUUGUGAUCAGGUACCACUUUUGACGAUUCCAUCUUUUGGCAAAGAUGACAAUGUGGCCAGUGCUUUAAGCGCUUACCGCGACUGCAAGAUGCAAAUUGAAACAUUGUUACGAACGAAAAUCAACCCUCGCUACAGCCAACUCCAAAGCCAGAUUGCCAUGUCGCGUAUACACUUUGAGCAAAAGACAAUCGAAUGGGUCGACAAACAAAUCACCAUGCUAGAACGCGUUUUGCGAGAGAACGGCGCAUUAAAGAAUGUCAGCCUAGAUCGUGAAAUGGGUGUUUUACGUAUGGGAUCAAAUGCGGCCAUGAUAGCCGUCGCAGCAGAAGCAAGUGGUCGUGUCACAGUAGAUGAUGUUCUUGAAGUCGAUUCAUCAACAGCUGAAGUAGAACGGAAUGGACCUUUGCCUGUAUAUUCGGAGGAUGGAGGAGAAGGGAAUAUUGACGACGGAAUAACAACAGAUCAACGAUACCGUGACGCUAUGAUGGCAGACCAACAUGGCGAAUCAUCGUCCUCGCAACAACGACAACAACAGCCGCAUACAAACCAUCUCGACAACAACAGUAGUGGCAGUAAUAGCGCAUCGCAACUACCAGCUUAUUCGUCUCAUAAUCAUCAUCAGAAUGAUGGAUCAUCUUUUAUGACAGCAGCAGCAUAUGAUGAACACGACCAACCUCCUGCAUACUCCACAAAUUAG